AUGGCAGCGUCGCGGCGCUGGCGCCUAGCUGGACGGUGGGGUGCGCUCGUCACGCAGGGGCGCUUAGUCGAUGUGCCUGCGCGAGGCACACUGGCGGCUGCGUCCGUCUCGCAUGCGGUGGUGGCAGAGGCACAGACGGCGUACUUGGCGGGUCACAACACGUGGGGGCAACUGGGUCAGGGACGCACGAGCGUAUGGGGCACGGCGCGCAUCGCGCUCCCGGACCGCAUUGUGAGUGCGGCGGCGGGCCUUGGCUUUACGUGUCUGGCGACGUCCGAUGCGCUGUAUGUGAGCGGCACGAAUGUCCGAGGCCAAAUGGGCCUCGACCAAGAGCGAGGCUCGCUGUCGUUCCAGCGCCUCGCUCUGCCGGCUGUGCGCAGCGUGUGUGCCGGUCUGGAUCACAUGCUCGUGCUCGCAGGUGCGCAGGUAUGGGCCUGUGGUCUGCAUACGGACAGGCAGCUAGGCGUGCCGUCGCGCGCGCCGUACCUGGCCACGCUCGAGCGCGUCGCCAUACCGCUGGCGGACGGCGAAGGCGUGACGCGCCUGGCUGCGCAGGGCGAUACGUCGGUGGCACUGACGUCGCGUGGGCGCGUCUUUCUCUGGGGCAACACGGAGUAUGGCCAGCACCUGCGUCGUGACGCGGUCGACCGGCUGGAUACGCCGACGCUCUUGCCUAUCGACGAGGCUGUGUGCGACGUGCAGGUGGGCGGCAGCUUUCUCCUCGUUCUCACUGCCGAUGGCAGCGUGUACACGGCGGGCUACGGCGCGACGGGGCAUGCGCAGGCGCCGUAUGCGCGUCUCACGCGCCUCCCGCUGCCUUCGCGCGCCGUGUCGCUGAGUGCGAGUCUGCAGUACGCAGCGGCUGUGACGGACGCGGGGCAUGUAUGGACGUGGGGCCUAGACUCGCCCGAUGGACGCCUCGGUCUGGGCGUUCUGGCAGAUCACCGCGUGCAUGAGCCGCGGCGCGUGCCUUUCUCCGAGCGAGCUACGCACGUUGUGUGCGGGGGUCAGGCUCUGUUGGUACGCUGUGCGUAA